AUGGUUCCUCCGCUGGAUCUCUCAUCGACCCAGCCCAAGGUCAUGAUUGCGCCUCCAAGGCUCAACCUGCGACGCAAUGCUUCGUAUAACAAUUCUGACAAGGCACCUCUUUCCUCGACAUCGGCUCGAUUCAACUUCAAUCACCUUCUUUUCUCUCCUCCUCCUUCGCCCAGUCUGCCUGUGUUAGUGCCACGGCCAAGGAAGAAUUCGCACGCAAAGGCCCUGAUCGCUCGACCAAGCCGAAUCUUGCGGUAUAUGCUUUAUUUUGCUACUCUCUCGACGACGUUUUUCCUUGCUCGUCUUGCUUUCCGAAACAAAGAGUCCAUCAUAGCGAAAUGGCCCCAUUUUACAACCGACGACUUCGAAAUGAUUAGCCAGGAUGCCAUACCUGAUUUCCCAACUCCCGUCGUUGUCAGCCACAGCCACUCUCAGUCCAAAUGGACCGUUUCUAUUCCGCACCAUCAUGACUUCCCUCUAAGCAUUGAGGAAUAUGCCGGAAUGGGAAGCAAAUGCCGAGAGGUCUCGGCCCACACAAGAGAGCUCCGAGGCAAAGCUCCCCUGUCUGACGAAGACAAGCUGAAUUAUGACGCUGUGGAUGAGUACUUUGUUGACGUGUAUGAGGCGGAGCUGAAUGGGCUUCUCCCCCCAGUUGCCCACGGGAACAAGGCCCAAAAGACUGGCAACUUUGUGGGCGUGGACUGGGAAUCCAUGGCUGGCCUGCCUGUUUGCCAGUCCUCAGUCACCUAUGUGCUGGAAAGCUCGGAUGCUGGGCUGGGUACUGCAGUCAUGGGCAUGUGGAUGCUUUACGGCCUGGCCAAGCAAGACGGCCGGGCCUUUUUCGUCGAUGACUCUCGUUGGGCCUAUGGCAAAUACACCGACAUCUUCCAAGCACCGCCAGUGCCUGAUUGUCGGCCACCUCCCCGACACCGGAUGCUCCCUUGUCCGGCACAAGCGAGACAUCUUGUUGUCACUGGCACAACGCUCAACGACGUUUUCCCGGCUCUGAUGGCUAAAUACCAUCGAGCAGCCGGGACUGAUAAUAAUCUGCGAGAUCUCAUGGGGCUUGCAAGAACCGGCUACCAGGCACUCUUCAGGCUCAACAGCGACGAUCAGGAGUACGCUCGCAGUCGCAUAGAGGACCUGAGGAAACAGGCCAUGGCAAAGGAUAUGGCCACUCCACACAUGCCCAUCGUUGGGUUACACGUUCGACGUGGCGAUUCGCACCCUAUCGAAUAUCAAUAUCACAAUACCUAUGUUCCGUCUGAAGUUUUCCUCGGCAAGGCUCAGGAGCUGGUAGACGCGUACUACAGCUCUGCCAAGGGCUGGCCAACGUCCACGAAUCAAUCCAUCACCCUUAUUGCCUCUGACGACCCUGAUGUCUAUAAGCAGCCCGAAUACGCUGACGCUUUAUAUGCUCAGGCGCGCAUCCGCUUGUCGUCCAAGGAGGCCACCAAGCGAGAAGAUGUUAACCCACACGUACUUCACCGUUUCAAGGAUGAAACCUUGGGAUGGGAAGGCGGGUUUUUUGCCCCCAUGUUUUGGAAUCUCGGCCUUGACCGGAAGCAUAACGGCUAUGCCAACGGAGCGUCCAUGGGGCGGAUAGAACCGCCUUCUGAACAGACGAUUCAACUGCGCAGCUACAUGGGCAGAGCGUAUAUGCUGGACCUGGCAGUUUUGGCGGGGGCAAGUGAUAGGAUAGUAUGCACCGUCAGCUCGAUGGGCUGCAAGAUGCUGGGCGUGAUGAUGGGAUGGGAGCAUGGCAUUGAGGCUGGCGGUUGGACCAAUGUCGAUGGCAGUUAUCCAUGGGCUUGGAUGAAUUGA